UUCUAAUCAACCAAUUGCUUAUCCUCAUUCGUUUUUCGUUGCAUUCCUCACCCUUGUCCUUUUUAUAUUCUCCAGAAUUCCCCUCAUUGUACUUGUCAGAGUCUCCACCUCCCACGUCCUGUCUUUGAUACUGUAUACCCUGCCUUCUGCGCAGCCAUUCUUUAACAGACGCCUCAUUAGUGCCACUGGACCGGAACUCACUUAACUGGGAAGCGCUCCUGCACCACACGUCGCUUGAUCCGAUACCCUACAAUUCUUCUUUUUGCAUCAUACAUAUCUCACUUGGUAUUGCAGAACACCACGACAUUCUUUGCUAUUGUAUUUCUUUGUACUGGUUGGCUGGAAGGCCUCGCGCCCAUUCACCCUAUGGAGGAGGGUGGCGUUACCUCGUUGCAACGCCAUUCCUGAACUCAUAUCUCUCUGGCUUCCAACAGCUCAUCCUUGGUGGCUGCAAUGAAGUCGUGGCUCUGGGGCGCUUCACUGGUUUCGACAUGGGGCCUUGUGUACGCUCAAACUGUCCAGUGGAGCAUUGAAGGUCGCCAUCCUCAACCGCAGCUGGCCCGUCGCACCAAAACAACAUAUGAGGAAGUCAUCAGUAAUGACAGAUCCGAAGGAGGAUACUUUACGGAAGUCACAAUCGGAAGCCCGCCCCAAAAGGUCACCCUUCAGCUCGAUACUGGGAGCAGCGAUGUCUGGGUCCCUUGGAAUUGCGCAGACGUAUGUACAGACAAUGACAAUGGGAAAGGCGGAUGCCCUCUUGGAAGCUUCGAUCCCGACAAAUCCAAGUCCUUCAAGCAUGUUGCGCCCGGCAUGUUCGGCAUAACUUUUGUAGAUAACAGCUAUGUCAAGGGUGAUUAUUUUGAAGACCACUUUGAACUGGACGGUGCAGUCAUCAAUAACUUGACCAUGGGUCUGGCUGUCAAGACAAAUAUCUCUUAUGGACUCAUCGGUGUUGGCUACGCCAAGAAUGAGGCCUCGGGCAGCACAACGGACGUCAUCUAUCCGAACCUUCCUGUCGCAAUGUACGAAGCAGGCUAUGUCAACACAAUCGCUUAUAGCGUUUGGCUCAAUGAUUUGGAUGCCAAAGCCGGUACGGUUCUCUUCGGAGGUGUGGACACAGCAAAGUAUGUUGGAGACAUGCAUCGAAUCGACAUUCAAAAGGUGGACGGUCACUACUAUCACUUUGUAGUGGCACUGACUUCGCUGGUCGCUACCAGCUCCAGUGGGAGCGAUAACCUCACCUCGGAAUGCUUCCCAAUCCCAGCAGUCCUUGACUCCGGAACCACGCUGAGCUAUUUACCCCACGACUUGGCGACCGAGAUUUGGCAAGAGGUUGGUGCCGUUUGGUCACCAUACUAUGGAGUUGCUGUUCUUCCCUGUGCUUACGGUAGGAACAACGGGAAUUUCACCUUUGGUUUUGCUGGUCCUGAUGGCCCCGUUAUCAGUGUAGGCAUGGACGAGCUUGUUCUCACCAUGGCCAGCGAUAGGGCCAACAUGCCUGUUUUUCAGUCGGGCCCCUACAAGGGCCAUACAAUGUGCUCUUUUGGCAUACAGAACGAUACCAGCGACCUCUACCUACUUGGAAACACCUUUCUUCGAUCUGCCUACGUUGUCUAUGACCUUGUCAAUAAUGAGGUUGGAAUUGCUGCCACCGACUUUAACUCUACGGCAACCAAACGCGUCGCGUUCAAGAGCUACGGAGCCAGCAUUCCAUCCGCAACAGCAGUGGCAAAUCAGCACAAGGCGACCGAGAACCCCUCUGUUUCAGGUCAUAAUUUCACUGCAGCGGAUGGGUUCCAAGAGUCAGACUGGGAUUCGGAUGACGAGGACAACGCAGCAAUAUCUCUAACACCCUCUGGAACGCCCUUGGUGAUGGCCGUCGUCACAAUGGGCUUUGUACUUUUAGGUGGGGGAAUCUUCCACACUUUUUGACGAUGAUGUCCGAAGAGUUUUGCAUCAUAGCAUAGAGCCGUCUCCUUUCAGAGGCCAUGGAUUCAUGACGCUGGCGUUAUACAAGGGUUUGUUGAUGUGGACAUGAGCUGAUUUUGGCGUUUAACGGUGGGAUAGACGUGGAUUAUGAGGACAAAAGGGCGCAACGGGUGAUGGGACGAAUACCGCACAUGAUACCACUAUAAGAAUGGCAUAAAUAAGCCUAAAUGAUACACUUGA